AUGCACCUGUUAUCAUGCAUCUGCUGUCAUGCGUCUGCUGUGGCGGAUGUGAGGGAGGACAAGAAGCUCGGGGUGUUCGUGGAGGGCCUGCAGGAGGUGGUGGUUUCCACAGCCGGCGCCACCUACGCGCUGUUCAAGCGUGGCUCGCAGAACCGGCGUCGGAAGGACGACGCGGGGAUGAUGAAGAGGAGGAUCUCACGCUUCAACCUAGUGGACCUGGCGGGCUCGGAAAGGCGGAAGCACAGUGAGGCGCAGGGGUUGCGGCUCAAAGAGGCCGGGAACAUCAACAAGUCACUUAUUGCGUUGGGAAAUGUCAUCAAGGACUCCCUGGGUGGGAACUCCAAGUGCACUCUGCUGGCUGCUGUGAGUCCUGCGGAGCGCAAUGUGGAUGAAACGAUGUCGACACUCAAGUUUGCGCAGCGGGCAAAGCUGAUGCACAACGAGGCGGUAGUUAACGAGCUCAUAUUGGGCAACCCCAUCGUCAUGGCCGAGGAAAUCCGCCGGCUGCGCCUCGAGAUUGCCGAGCUAAAAGAGAACCGGUGCACCGCGCGGUCCAUCACGAGGGCGCAGGAGGUGGCGAGGAAGGGCAAGGGAUCUAAGGCCGCCGAGGCCCUCGCAGAAGGCUUUGUGGGAGGGGCUGCUGAGGUGCAGGUGCGGUGUGAAGAAGCGGAGGCGAACUUGGGCGAGCUGCUGCAGCAACUGGCGGCCUGCCAGCAGGCAGAGUCUCUGGCGAGGACCAUUGCUGAGAGUGAGAAAAGAUCAUCUGAUAAGGAGAGGGUCGCAGGGGAGGCAGCAGCUGCAAGGAGAGAGAAAGAGAGGGUGUUGGAAGAAGCUGUGGAGGGGAUGAGGAGAAGGCGGGUGGAGCUGGAAGAUCUGAGGAAGCACAUGGUGCACGAGCUAGAAGAGCAGAAGAGGGGGUGGGAGAAGGCACUUGAGGGAAUGAGGCAGAAGCUGGUGGAGGGGAAGGAGAAGGAGGGGGCGUUGGGUGAGCAGAAGAGAAGGUUGGAGGAGGAGCUUGAGAAGAUGAAGGGUAAGCUGGUGGAGAUGGAAACUUCUGGUAGGGAGGAGAGGGCGCUGGAAGAGCAGAAGAGGGAUUCGGAGGAGGUGCUAGAGGAGAUGCGGCGAAAGCAGGUGGAGAUGGAAGCUGCUGGGAAGGAGAAGGGGGAGCUGGAAAAUCGGAGGAGGGCGUUGGAGGAGGCGCUACAGAGCGAGCAGGUGCCUCGUGGAGCAGUGGAGGCGAAGGUGUGCGAGCUGCUGCAGCAGGUGGCGGCCGCACAGCAGGCUGGUUCGGUCCUCAAGGUGAAGGACGCUCAGAUCGCCGCCCUCGUUCGGGAUCUGCAGGCUUGCCAGGCCGAGCUGGCGAGGAGUGCUGCUGAGAAGGAGAAGGAAGCAGAUGCAGCAGUUGCUGGGAGGGAAAAGGAGGGAGCGUUGGAAGAACAGAGGAGGGCGUUGGAGGAGGCCGUAAAGGGGAGGAAGGGCAAGCAGGUGGAGCUGGAGGAGAAGGUUCACGCGCUGGAAAAGGAGCAGGAGCUGCUGUGUGCUGCAGCAAAGCGAGCGCCCCCUACCCUUGCCCCUGCACACUGCUUUCUUCUACAACGAUCAGCUGGAUAUCCCGCUGAUGUGCAUCCCUACUCUGUGUGCAUGCAGGCGCAGGUGCGGUGUGAAGCGGCGGAGGCAAAGGUAGGCGAGCUGCUGCAUCAGCUGGCGUCCUGUCAGCAAGCGGAAGCAGUGCGCACAUGGGAGCUGCAGGCGUGCCGGCGAGAGCUGACGAGGAGCGCAGAUGAGAAGCAGAGAAGUGCUGCUGAAGCAGCACGGCUGCGAGUUGAUCUGGCGGGUGUCAUGGAGGAGAAAGAGAGGGCUGGGCUGGUGUGGCUUUCACCCCACUUCUCUUCCUUCUGCUCGCUUCCAAAUGCUCCCCAUGCCUCUUCCCCUUCCACCACCCCUUCCUUACUGCAGCAGAUGUUGCAGAGGGUUAUGGCGGAUGGAGAUCGGCAGGUGGAGGUACAGUGGAAUGAGGCUGAGACUACUGGUAUUUUAAAAGAGGAGGAGGUUGCCACGCUGAGGGCGAAUAGGAGAGUGGCUAAGAAUUGGUGGGAGGAGUUCAAAGAUGAACCGGGUGUUCAGAAAGUGCUGUAUUGGGGUGAGUUUCUGCCUCCCGAGCUCAAGAUUCUGAAGAAUGUGUGGGCACGCAACUGGGGCGAUGGAGGCAGUAGCAACAACUGA